AUGGAGCGGAAGAGCCCCGCGACUGCGGGGAAGCCGAACCCGGGCAACCGGGCAGCAGGGGACGGGCACUGCGCCCAGGGUAGCGGCGGGGCAGCGGCGGGCGCCCAGCUUCGGAGUAGCGGCUGCGGCCAGCUCUCCGUUACUCCCGCCGCUUCUCCGGCUGCCGAGCCCGAGCAGCUGAUCCGAAGAGCGCUGGACUUCAAAAGCCAAGGCGCUCAGUGCUACAAGGAGAAGAAGUGCCGGGAAGCCAUCGGCAAGUAUCACCGGGCGCUGCUCGAGCUGAAGGGGCUGUUGCUGGCCCAGGAAGACUCCGAGGAGGCCGCUUCGACCGCCUCGACCGCGGGGGCUGCCGGCCUGGGCAAACUCUCGGACGAGCAGAGGCAGUUGCUGGACAGCAUCGAAAUCGACUGUUACAACAGCCUGGCAGCCUGCCUACUUCAAGCUGAGCUGGUGAAUUAUGAGAGGGUCAAAGAAUAUUGUCUGAAAGUACUGAAGAAAGAAGGGGAGAACUUCAAGGCACUCUAUCGGUCAGGAGUAGCAUUCUAUCACCUUGGAGACUACAACAAGGCCCUUUACUACUUGAAAGAAGCAAGGUCUCGACAGCCAACAGAUACCAAUGUUGUACGGUACAUCCAGCUGACAGAGAUGAAGCUUAGCAGAUGUUCCCAGAGGGAAAAAGAAACAUUGUAAGAAGACACCCAGUUCUGUGGGCCUGAAUGGACACGUCCUCCCCUAAAUGAUCACCAAGUGAAUUGUCCUUCCCAUUGGCUUCACAUUAGAUUGACAAGUUUUCUCUUCUCUCCUGAUGUUACUUUUGAUCUAAGAAGUGAUCCUGGAUCUAGCUUUGGCUAUUUGCUGGUUUAGUGAUAACAUUCUAGUCCUCCUAGCACAAUUGCUCUGGGAAUUUGGAUGAAGAGAGCAAUAGAAAAGGAUCUUUGCCUUGUGCUUAUCUUCUGCUACUUUUGUCACCGCAGCCUUCCAGAGAUCCUUCUUUUUUCUUCAAAUAUGAAGACAAUAGCUUAUGAAGAAAACAAAAUAUAAUGAAACUACCUUGUAGUACAUUUUAUGUAGUACAGAAUGUUCAACAAAGUUGAGAAUUUGGGUAUGGGAUAGUAUCUAAAUGAGAAUGUGGAAGAUGGGGAUGAAAACUGGAACAAUUACUUAAUAUCAAAUAUAUGUUGUUAACAGGCAACAACCCCACAUAUUAUUUCUUAGAAGGCAUGGCUGGGCUCUAAUACAUAAAGGGGAAGCAUGAUUUUAUAAUUAGUUUUCAGAUUAUAGAAAUUGAAGCACUGAAUUAUGGGCUUGCCACCAUCUUAAUAUACACCUUAACUUUUCUGUGCCUCAGUUUUUCCAUCUGUAUAGAGGGAACAAAAUGUCUCCCUACCUCACAGGGGGUGUUGUGAGAAUUUGUUAACUAAUAUUUGUACAGUGCUAAAUUAUAUUACUGGUUCACUGGACUAAGCUUGCAAUUCUUUCACGUUAUCUUGAUACUUUCCUGCUUAUUUUCAUUCAUUAUUAUUAACUCAAGGUUGCACAGAGUUCAGGCUAUAAUCCCCCAAAUUAACAUAUUAAUCCGUUUAUCCUCUACAAGCAAAACAGGCAGCAAUGUCCAAACAUCCUUCCAAU